AUGGCUUCCCUUCUCCCCCUAUUCAAGCUAAAAAAAGGUCUCAGGCAAGGGGAUCCUAUGUCACCCUUUCUCUUUGCUAUUGGAAUGGAAUACCUCUCAAGGUGUCUCUCCAACCUUGGUCCUGAAUGUAAACACCACCCAAAAUGCAAAAGACUUGGGAUUACCCAUAUGAUGUUUGCUGAUGAUCUUUUAAUGUUUUCAAGAGCUGACAAUCCCUCUAUCAUGGCUAUGUUUCAUGCUUUCACUAAGUUCUCCGCAGCUUCUGGUUUGGUGGCAAAUAUGCAGAAAAGUGAAGUGUACAUUGCAGGUGUUUCAGAUUCCUUUGCUGAGAUGCUCUCUACUGAACUAGGCAGGCUCCAACUCUUCAAGUCUGUUUUGUGUGGUAUUCAGCUGUACCGGUGUCAAAUUUUUGUCAUGCCAAAAAAGGUGAUGAAUGAGAUUCAAAGGUUGUGUAGGUGUUUCCUCUGGUCAGGUGCUGACAGUGGAUCUAGGAAAGCUCCUAUCUCAUGGGAUCAUCAAGAUAGAAUGUGGGUGAAAUGGAUGCAUGCGUAUUAUAUAAAAAACAAUGACUUCUGGUCCAUGGAUGUUCCUAAUGGGCUAACCUGGUCUAUGAGGAAGAUAUGGCACCAGAGAGAGAUACUUGCUCAAGCAGGAGCUGUUCAUACCUUUGUUCAUGGUGGCAAAUUCAGAAUCUGCAAAGCUUAUCAGUUUCUUAAACCUGAAGCUAGUACAGUAAGAUGGAAAACAAUCAUCUGCAAUAGUCAAGCUAGCCCUAAAAGUACCUUUAUUGUGUGGCUUGCUAUCCAAAACAGGCUAACCACAAAGGAUAGAUUGUUAAGCUGGAACUUGAACAUAAAUGGAACUUGUGUUCUUUGUCAUAAAUGUCCAGAGAAUGUGGCUCACCUCUUCUUUGACUGUGAGUAUUCUGCUGAAAUUUGGGAUAAGGUGAUCCAGACUUGUGGUGUUCAUAGAGUUACUCAGAACUGGACUGAGAUCAUUGAGUGGGUGGCUAAAAAGAGUAGAAGCACCAAGCUAGAUGAUGCCUAUUGA